GCUGACUUGAACGUAUACCCUCUCGAACUUGCCUCGGACGCUCACUCUAGGCGUCAGAGGACUCCGACAAGAUGGCUGUCGACCUCAAACCGAAGCGCCACCAUGGCUACUCAGUCGUUCUGUUCAUCCUUGGCAGUCUGUUCCCACCUCUUGCGGUCGCUGCACGAUUUGGAAUCGGCAAAGACUUUUGGCUGAACCUUCUGUUGACCAUAUGCGGCUACAUUCCAGGGCACUUCCACAAUUUCUACAUUCAGAAUAUCAGAAACAACAAGACCCACGCGCGCACGCCCAAGUGGGCGCAGCGGUACGGCCUUAUCGACACGACGACGAUCAAGCGCAAGGAGCGCAAGUCCCAAUGGUCCAACCGGUACAAUGACCGUCUUCCACGCUCGACCCUUGAAGGGGCGCCCUACGCUGAAGGCCAGGAAUACGUCGAGCAGGGUUCCAGUGUGGAUGUAUCACUGGAAGGCGAUGCUCGCGCGUCCCAACGACGCAAUGGCGAAUUGUGGAAUACUGAAGAAGAGCAAUACUACAAUGCCGAGCCGGCGUCGAACUCUUCCGGAGGGCGAUGGCGCUAUCCUGCCAACUUCGACGACGCGGUCGAGCCCGGAGGCGGAGGUUCCAAGAAGAAGAAGAAGGGAGCCAAGAAAGAUAGAUGGGCGAGGACGGAAGAUGCGUACUCGAUAUCGGAGUCACAGUCGAGGAAGAAGAGCAAGAAGAAGAAGAGUCGUUCGUCGAUGUACUCGGCAGACUCGAGCAUCGAGAUGCCUGAAGCUGCAGAGGGUGGACACUACGGUCAACGUUCCCAAUCUCAGGCCCCGGCCCAAACACCCAUGAACGACGAAGACAUCUUCCGCCACGAAUUCUAGUCUGCGGUCCCUUCUUUCUCUACUAUCUAUCUUAUUACCGUUUAUAAGUCCUCUUAGUUCUAUGGAUUGCUGAUAACUACGCGACUCCAUUGGCACACCAUUCCUUAGCACGUGAAAGCGCCACGGCGAGUCGUCGGCAAUUUUGCGUCAAUGCCAAGCGUACCUGGAGGCUGGAGGAGCAUUGUGAAAUCAAGCCUAGGGCUACUUCACGGGCAGCGGGGCAGCCUGAGAGGACAUCGUGUGCACACUUUGACACUGUCGAGAUCCAAUUCAAGAGCCAUCAAUACAGCCGCCUGUCCCCUGUCCUUCUCUUCUGAUCGCUUUCCACUCACUCAAGUUCCUGAAUUCUUCCCCACUUUCCUUUUACUCUCUUACCAUUUCCUUCCGCCUUCCUCAUUUGUAUCACGGCGCAACAAUCCUUGGCUUCUCUCCUUUCUAUCGCUGUCUCUGAUACUACUAUAAUCCUCUCGCUACGGCUCGACACUCCCUAUGACGGUUACGGUCACGGAAACGGCUCCAGCAGUCUCGCUGAAGACGGACAAGAAGAAGUCCAAGUUCAAUUUGAAGUCCUCCAAAUCUGCCACUUCUGUGGAGACGAGCGAUACACCGGCUGCGUGGACACCACCCCCAGGAUGGCUAGGCAACUUGACGCCCACCCAGGAGGAUGCGCUGGCCAAGGUGCGCGCGGAAAUGCAUGCUGAGGGGGCGUUCGUCGAGUCGAGGCAUGACGACGCGUCGUUGCUCAGAUUCCUCCGCGCACGCAAAUUCGAUGUCGUCAAGGCCAAGGAAAUGCUUCUUGCUGCGGAGAAAUGGAGGAAGGACUUCAGGGUCGACGAGCUCGUUAGAACCUUCGAUUACCCUGAGCUGCAGCAGGUAGACAAGUACUAUCCGCAAUACUACCAUCACGUCGACAAGCUGGGACGGCCCGUCUAUUUCGAACAGAUCGGGAACCUGAACAUGAAGGCUCUCUAUGCAUGCACCACACAAGAGCGGCUCGUCCAGCGCCUGGUCGUCGAAUACGAAAGCUUCCUCACGAAGCGGUUGAAAGCGUGCCACGAAUACGUCGGCCACCCCGUCGAAACAUCGUUCACCGUGCUCGAUCUCGGCGGCGUCUCGCUCACCAACUUCAUCAAGGUCAAGGACUACGUGGCCACUGCCACCUCGAUCGGCCAGAACAUGUAUCCCGAGUGCAUGGGCUCUUUCUACAUCAUCAACGCUCCGUGGGCGUUCACUGCGGUCUGGGCUGCGAUCAAGCCGUGGCUGGAUGAGGUGACGGUGCAGAAAGUGCACAUUGUAGGCGGGCCCAGUGUGUAUCGUCCGAUCCUGCUCUCGCACAUCGACAAACACCACCUGCCGAAGGAGUUUGGAGGCGAGUGCGAGUGCGAAGGCGGAUGCUCUCUAAGCGACGUCGGUCCGUGGAACCCCACGGGAGGCAAAUCCACCCUCCUGUCGGCCUGA